AUUAAUACUGAGUUAUCAUUUCAAUUGUUUGACUCUAAUGCUGGCGUUGUUACACAGACUGGACGAUCAAUAAUUAACUCCUACGGUAUGACAGAGGCGUUCUCAGCAGUGACCACCGGUACACCAGACACCCUUGCCCUCCACCCUGACUCUGUGGGCAAAGUGGUGCCUUAUAUACAGGUUAAGUUUGUGGAUGUAAGGACCGGAAGGAUGGUGGGUGAGAGACAGGAGGGGGAGGUAUGUGUGCGAGGGUCAAGUAUCAUGCUGGGCUACGCCAACAAUCCCACAGCCACAGCCUCAACUAUCGACCCCUACGGCUGGCUCCACACAGGCGACGUUGACUACUAUGACCAAGACAACUUCGUCUACCUCACCGGCAGGAUUAAGGACCUUAUUAAAGUUAAGGGAUACCAG